AUGGGCAGAAGCACCAAGGAGACAAGUAGCACUGGCACGACGACUACUUCGGCUACAGGUCGGAGUUCCGGCGGCGAUCUCGGCGCUGGGAGUGCCGGUGGGACCGGCGAUCUCGGCGCUGGGAGUGCCCGCGGAGAUGACGGGUCACGUGGGACAGAGGAUGGGUCUUCUUCGCACGGUGAAGCGCGUGCGAAGACCGACGGAGGGGCCACCGGGGCUGUCUCGCCAGAUGCUUUGCGGGAUGGAGACGGUCGCGGCGAGCCGAGCAUUCCACUGGAUGCUUACAUAGGACACGAGGAGCCCAAGGAUUCGGCUGUCGACGAGGGUCUGCCGGACGAUGCAAAGGUCGAAACGACCGUGGCCGUGACCAGCAUUGGUCUCCAAACCACCUCGCAGGGCAUUCAGGCCGACUCCGACUUGGAGGAAGAGGUGAGCAUUGAGGAGACUCCUGGUCCUCCGGGCGAUUUUCAGUCCCUCGUGAAGCAGGUCUUCCGGCUCUAUGCCUCUGGCUACUCCAAGGGUCGUUUCGUCUUCAUUCGGAACCCGGAUCUGUCACGCUUCAUGGAGGACUCCAAGCACAUCCUCCCUGGCUUUCGGAAGAGGUUCCGCCGCUUCAAACGGAUCUUCGAGUCGCUCUUCGACGACACCAUCCAACUGCAAUGUGACAUGCCGGGUCAAGGCCUGCGUAUCACGGCAGGCUUGACGCUGGACUGGUUCCAAGUCUUCGUUCAGAAGGUGGUUCGGCGCAUUGGGAUGGAAGUGAUGAGCUUCUUCGCAGCUCUUCUGGAAUCGCAGCUUUACUAA